UCAACGAGAUUUAGGUGUGGGCCUGGCUCCACACCUCUUAUAGGGCUGGCACGUCAGCGUCUGUCAUAUGACUGUCAUUUCCUGGUAUCGUCGGCGGUAGCUGCAGCCAAACACCACUGACUGAGCGUCUCCGUCGGUUGUUUUCUCUCCAGCGGCUGACCCUGCAAACUGCCCAGCCAUGAUGUCUCGCUGCCUUUUCUUUUUUGUGUUUGGAAUCGUGAUCCAGCUAUCACAUGGCAUUGAGUUCAAUGUCACAAAAGAUGGAAAGUUAUGCCUCUAUGCCAAUCUGGAGCUCACAUUCUCGGUCACCUAUGAAGAUCUUGACAACCAGACUCAGACAGCUGUGUUUGCUUUAACUGAUGACGCCAAUUCAACUAAAAGUACAUGUGAUGCCAAGAACUCAAUGCUGAUGCUUAAUUUUGGAGAGGGUCACGCUUUCAGUAUAACCUUCUCCAAGAUUGAAGAAGUUUACGAGGCGGACGUAGUCACCUUUACCUACAAUCUCGGCGACCCUGUCCACUUCCCUAACUCUAAAUCAAAAGAACCUACUGUGGCAAGAGGGCUUCUUGACAUUAAAAACAUAGGCAUGGAUACCUGCUACUCGUGCAAAAGUGAGGACCUGAUCGAAAGUGGUGACGUCAACAUGACGCUGUGGGAUGUGCAAAUACAGGCUUUUAUCAGUGAUGGCAACAAGAGUUCUGAAAUAAGCUCCUGUCCUGCAGAUGAACCCAUCUCAAGUACAACUGCUGCCCCUAAUGCCACAACUACAACUGUCCCUACCACACUUGCCCCUAAUACAACCACACUUGCCCCUAAUACAACCACACUUGCCCCUAAUACAACCACACUUGCCCCUAAUACAACCACACUUGCCCCCAAUACAACCACACUUGCCCCCAACACAACAACUAUGCCUGUCCCUACUACCACCCCAGUACCCACUCUCCCUGUACCCAGUACUGGGAACUACAGCAUCAGGACUGAAAAUGGCACAGUCUGUCUGCUGGCCAACUUUGGCCUGCGCAUUGGUAUUAAGGGCGAGGAAAUGAAUUUGGAUCCCAAUAUGGCCAAUGUCUCUGGAUCAUGUGGUGUCAACAGCAGUGAGCUUACUUUGGCAUCUAAAAAAAUGACUAUCAGGUUUACCUUUACCAAUGACACAAAGAAAUUCCGCCUGCAUGAUCUGAACAUCAGUGUCAGCACGAGCUCUGGUAAUUUUUCUGUGGAGAACUCCAGCCUCAAUCUGUGGGAGGCAUCCAUCGGCAGCUCCUACAUGUGUAACAAGGAGCAGACUUUCAACAUCACCGACACGCUCUCCAUCCACACCUUCAGCCUGCAUGUGCAGCCCUUCGGAGUGAACAAAGGUGUUUUCAGUACAGCUGAGGAAUGCCUGGCUGAUGGGGAGAGCUUCCUUGUUCCCAUAGCUGUCGGAGUUGCCCUGCUUGUUCUCAUUCUUAUUGUUCUGCUGGCCUACUUCAUCGGAAGAAGGAGAAGCAUGGCCACCGGCUAUCAGUCUUUCUAAUUUCUCAUUUAGAGCUUUCAGCUAUACAAAGGAUAGUUGCUGCCUUUGACUAAUUGUGGGGAAAAACUAUUAUGUGUUUAUGUAGUGUUGAUGGGUGUUCAGAUUGCCUUCUUGCUGAGAGCCAAAUUGACGCUGUUCUGUCUGUAAAUUUGAAGCUACAGUUUAGCCUCGCAUAAAGACUGGAAACGCUGAGACUGCAUCUUUAGAUUUAACUGAAGUCUGUGCCAGCAGCUCAAAAGUUUUCUACUUGAAUCCUACCCUGAACUCGGCCACACUUCGGCUGAUGCAGAGACUGCCAGCUCCUUAGAAUAAAGGCUGUGAUGUUGAUCUAACGUAACCAUGAGUGCCAUGUAAGCCAGGCAGUACAGUAGUGCCACCAUUUCUUGCAGAGAAUGUUUUUUAAAUUAAAUGUUUAAGAUGCACAAAUUAAGCAGAAUAAAUAAAUCUGAACUAAUUUCUUGGCUGGCGGUGGUUAGAUUCAGAAAUCUUUUUUUUUUUUUUUUUUCUCUUAAUGGCAACAAACAACUUGUACAUAUUAAAAUCCACAGGUUGUAUUAACGGUCUUUUCAGAUUAACCUGUUAAUGAGCAGACUUUAAAGAUGCUGACAUGACCAGUUUCUAGUGUUUAUGCUAAGCUGUGCUGACCAGCUUUGUAUAAGAGCGGCAUUAAUUGGAUUUGGCAAAAAGGCGUUUUUGUGUAUCUUCCAAACCUCCAUCACUUACUGCACUUACUUUAAUAACUAUUACACUGACUCAAAUCCUUUUUGUGUUGACGUAUUUAUCCCCACCACCACCAAAAUCAACACUACUGUCAUGUUGCUGAUUGCUGUUUCCUCUUCUCACUGCUUCCUGCUGCAUUUCUAACCCAAACUUCCUCUCUGAGUGUUUUUCCUCCUAAAGCACUAACCUGUCCUUUCUGUGUCUCUCUUUCUGUCAGCUGAAGAGUGCUUCCUGGAUUCUGAUUUGAGCUUUUUGGUGCCCAUCGCAGUUGGCGUGGCACUCAGCUUCCUAAUCAUCCUUGUGCUUAUCUCUUACCUGAUUGGUCGGAGGAAGAGUCGCACUGGCUACCAGUCCGUAUAAUUCAGCCCCGCUGCGUCUUCUGCCCCUUACAGCUCUUUAGGGGACAAAAAAAAACACCUUCCCAGCACUCUCCUGCCCAGAUUUAUGCUCUCUUCAGUUUCCCGUGAGACAGCGUCUUAAAAAAAUAACCUUUCAGCUUAUUUCGCAAACCCCUUUCAAAUUUAUCCCCUCCGUUUUGCUUUAUUGCCAGUGACUGAAUAGAGUACCAAAACAUUUAUGAUCGAUAUUGCAUCGUUUGAUUAUAGAUUGCAUGUUUUAAAAGUUAAAUUUAUGGCUGCGAUUAGCCUUCCACUUCCUCCUCCCUUCCCUCCGCCACCCCAGAGAGGCUUUUUGCUCUCGGUUUCUGUGCUGUAUAAUAUAUGUGUAAAUUACUCUUGUAUAGAAUGAAUGACACUGAUUUUUGAUGACAUGAAUGUACAAGCAAGCUAAUAGAGCCACUGUCAUUAAUUUCCCAGACAUUCAUAUUUUUCCACUGAGUCGCUAAUUGUAUUACGCUCCAUGUAACAUGAACCUCUUUUUGAUGCACACACUUGGUCACUUGUAGCUCAAUUAAAGGGACGAUAACAGGACACUUAACCAGCAUUGGGACCACCUUUGUUUAGUUGUGUUGUUUUCUGGUUUGAGUUGUUUCUCACUCACGGUAGGAGAUUUAUAUUUUCCUGAAAUGAACAUUUGUUUACACAUGAGUACUUGGUGAGUUAAUCAUGGUGGUGUCCCCUCGUAACCCUGUGAUAUUUGAAAAAGCUCAACAAACGCAGUAGACUCAGGCUUACACCGAUCGCCCGGAUCAAACCGCAUACUAGCCCAUCCAUGUCCUAGUACACUAACGACAGGUGAAGUUCAGGUGUGAAGACGACGUUUCCUCGAGUCGCACAGUUUCGUUCAUGUGAUUCUGAGCGUCCGGUCACUCCCCGACAGUUUCGUGCCUUUCUGUUGUGCACCUCUCGAGUUGCUUGCUUGAAGCUUGUCUCCAUCUGAUGAAGAAUGUGAUGUGAUGAGCUUGUUUGACACAAGUGGGGAACAAAUUAAAUAAAGUUUGGUUCUUGUUUUGUA